AUGGACGGAGUACAGACCCAAGCAACGACAGGCCCACUCGCCAAUCUGGACUUUGAAGCCCGUGUCCCCGUGCCCUUCAGCAUCUUUCCCUCGACGUACAGGGACAGCGAGUCGCAGACAACCACCCAGACCCACGAGGAGGUUGACAUCACUCUUCCCAACAAUCAGCCAGCCGGACGGGAAGGCCAGUUCUCUUCUCACAAGGUCAACGAGGAAGAAGUCCGUUUUACCCGUGAAGAAGAUCUUCGCCGCCGUCCCGGUUUCCAGUCGGAGCAGCAGUACGUCAGGGAAGAUCGCAGACCUGCACACACCGAGUACGCAGACACUCACAUCGAGGUCGAUACUCACCGUCAGUCCUACGGCACUCCCAUUGACAACAUUGAGCGUGAAUAUCGCGAGCGCUACCGCCCUCGAUACAACACCACUGUAGACCCCCCUGCUCAGACCUUCCAGUCCGAGCACAUCCACGUCGACGAGUACACCGUUGACGCAGGCGCACGCCCUUCCUCUGUUCACAAGGAAGAUAUCAAGAUCACCGAGGAGACCUUUGAGCCCUACCGUUUCGGUCGCGCUGAUCAAAAGUCCAAGAUGGGUUACUACGACGAAGACGGCCACUACCACUCCUUCCGCCACGGCAUCCACAAGCUUGCUGACCGCGUUGUUCACCCUCGUGGACAUCAUCAUGAGGAGCACAUUGACGUAGAGAUCCGCGAUGGUCCUGCUCCCGCUCCUCGCGGUCGCCCCUCUGAAGCCGGCCAGUACCUGCCCAACACCGUCACCAUCCCUUGCCACCACAUUCGCAUCGGUGACUUCCUGAUGCUGCAAGGACGCCCUUGCCAGGUCAUCCGCAUCUCUACGUCCUCUGCCACUGGCCAGUACCGCUAUCUUGGUGUUGACCUCUUCACCCGCCAGCUGCAUGAGGAGUCUUCCUUUGUCUCCAACCCCGCUCCCAGCGUAGUUGUUCAGACCAUGCUUGGCCCUGUUUUCAAGCAGUACCGCGUGCUUGAUCUCCAGGGCGGCAACAUUGUUGCUAUGACCGAGACUGGCGAUGUCAAGCAGAACCUGGCCGUCAUUGACCAGUCCAACUUGUGGUCUCGCCUUAGCAGCGCCUUCGAGUCUGGUCGUGGCAGCGUCCGUGCUCUCGUCCUCAACGACAAUGGUCGCGAGCUCGCUGUUGACAUGAAGGUCAUCCACGGCUCUCGUCUGUAA